UCACUGUCCCGCUGUUAGCCGUUAAAAAUAAGGAAGUAUGAACUUUCUACCAAUUAGAAAAGCCGAUUCCCUUUCUAUCAAUUCCCCACUCCCUGCUCUUUGUCGUUGCAAACAGAAAUUCUUUUGUUAUGGCAGAAAAUCAAUAUUCCCUGGUCACUUUUUGGUGAACAUUUUUUACGGUAUGGAACAAACUGCGUGAUUCCAAUUCGGUGGUGCUAGCUGGAGCUCAAUAGAAUUUUUGAGCUUUUUCUUUUUAUUUAUAGGCCAAAGGCGAGAAACCUGAGCUCAUGUUGCGAUCGAUACCAGCUUUGGGUAUUUCACUGUGUUAUUGGUCCAUCGGGAGUCAGAGCUUGGGUCUCUGCUACUUGAGUUGAUAUGGGUAAUCAACAAAAUGGUCAGGGCUCUGAUGGAAGUAAUCAACAAAUUGAUAUUGAUGCAACAAUACGCAAUGGAAGGGAAAUCCUUUUUCAGGCUUUUAACUGGGAGUCUCAUAAGCACAAUUGGUGGAGAAACUUAGAAAGAAAAGUGUAUGAUAUUGCAAAAUCCGGAUUUACAUCAGCAUGGUUGCCACCAGUGACUCAUUCCUUCUCCCCUGAAGGUUACCUUCCCCAGAAUCUUUAUUCCCUUAAUUCAUCAUAUGGUUCUGAGCAGCUUUUAAAAGCUUUGCUUCAAAAAAUGAAGCAUUACAAAGUUCGAGCGAUGGCUGACAUAUUUAUCAAUCAUCGUGUUGGAACCACUCGAGGUCAUGGCGGAAUGUAUAAUCGUUAUGAUGGAAUUCCAUUAUCAUGGGAUGAACAUGCUGUUACAUCUUGUACUGGUGGAUUGGGCAAUCGGAGCACAGGGGACAACUUCCAUGGGGUUCCAAAUAUUGAUCACACCCAACAAUUUGUUCGAAAGGACAUUGUUGGCUGGCUGAAGUGGCUACAUGAUAAUGUUGGAUUUCAAGAUUUCCGUUUUGAUUUUGCGAGAGGUUACUCGCCAAAGUACGUGAAAGAAUAUAUUGAAGCUGCAAAGCCAUUAUUUUCCGUUGGAGAAUAUUGGGAUUCUUGUAGUUAUAAUGGUCACGGUUUGGACUACAACCAAGAUAGCCACAGACAACGUAUCGUCAAUUGGAUCGAUGCAACUGGACAGCUUUCAACUGCCUUUGAUUUUACAACUAAGGGAAUUCUCCAGGAAGCUGUCAAGGGGCAGUUUUGGCGUUUGCGUGAUCCCCAGGGAAAGCCACCUGGUGUAAUGGGAUGGUGGCCUUCAAGAGCCGUGACAUUCAUUGAUAACCAUGAUACAGGCUCAACUCAGGCUCACUGGCCUUUUCCAUCAAAUCAUAUUGUGGAGGGUUAUGUAUACAUACUUACACAUCCGGGGAUACCUACUGUUUUCUACGAUCACUUCUUUGAUUGGGGUAACUCUAUCCAUGACCAAAUUGUUAAACUGAUGGACAUCCGGAAGCACCAAGAUAUUCACAGCCGAUCAUCCAUUAGAAUUUUGGAAGCCCAAGCAAACCUCUACGCUGCAAUUAUAGGAGAUAAAGUAUCCAUGAAAAUUGGGGAUGGGUCAUGGUGUCCCGCUGGCAGAGAAUGGACUCUGGCGACCUCUGGUCACAGAUAUGCAGUGUGGCACAAGUAAAAGUAAUUCGUCCUGUGACACCCUUUUCUCCAUACUAUUCUUUUUUGGUGGUAGUGGUGGAUGUCAGUUGGAGUCCGUACACUUCAGACCACUAGUUCCAAAAAGGUAUAGUCUUAUCUAAGAAUAAAACUUCCCAUAUACAGGUCUUUCAUUAGAAAAUUAUGGUACUAACUUGUCUGUAUGAACUGGUAAAUGCUUCCUUGAACUUUCGGUAGUAACAUCCUAUACCAUAGGUAUAAUAAAGCCUACCUUCUAGUGUUAGAAAUCGUUGUACUAAAUUUUGGAUACAAAUAAAGCCUCCCAUAUCCUUAGUGGGAUUUGUUUUUAGUUUUGUGCCAGUUACGCAAAUGCUUCUUCUCUCUUGUUAUGGAAACCGUACUCGGGUGUGGGAAGCUAACCAGUUAACCCUAGUGAGAUUUAAGAUAUUUGUUCGAAUAGAAUAGGAAGAUCAGAAGUCUGCA